UUUUUUUACUUAAAAUUUUUUUUUUCCUCAUACCUUUUUUUUUCUUUUUCUAUUAAACAUGGAGGAAUUAGUUCCCCUUUUUGUUAAAAUCGGUCUUUCCGAGCAAAAGGCAAAAGAUACUGCCAAAAAUAAGAAAUUAGCACCUACUCUUGAGUCAGUCAUUAAUGAAGCAGGUGUUCGUGAAUCAGGUUGUGAAAAGGAAAAGGGUAUUUUGUUGUAUAGUUUAGCUACAACUGUCACCAAGAAUGCUCUCGAACAUGUUUCUUUUAUUACCAAGAAAAUUAUGAACGGCGAUUUGAAGACAACAGAUCAAGUUUCUGCUGCCAUCAAGUUUUGCGAAGUAGAUUUCAAGGAAGAAGGAUUUGAUGCUGCCUGUGGUGUUGGUAUUGUCAUUACUUCUGAACAAAUUAGUCAAGCAGUAGCUGAAUAUAUUGAAGCCAACAAAGAAAAUAUUGUUGCCAAUCGUUACAAGACAUUAGGUCCUACACUUUCCAAUAUGAGAAAAGUGGAGGCUCUUCGUUGGGCUGAUGGUGGUAAAGUAAAGAAUGAAGUUGAAGCUCAAUAUCUUGCUCUUUUGGGACCUAAAGAUGAACGUGAUGCUCCUCAAAAGAAAAAGAAGGAAGCCAAGAAGGUGACUCCUGAAGCCACCAAGAAAGCCGCCGCACCUGAGAAGAAGGCUGAUCUCUCCAAGGUCUUCUUUGAAGGUGAACUUGGUAAAUUACAUAAGCCCGGUGAAAAUCCACAAAUUCAUCCUGAUUUGAUGAAGGAGCACCUCAAGGCAACAGGUAGUAAGGUCAUCACACGUUUCCCACCUGAACCUAAUGGUUAUCUUCAUAUUGGUCAUGCAAAGGCUAUUAACGUUAAUUUUGGUUACGCAAAGGCUCAUAACGGUAUUACUUAUCUUCGUUAUGAUGAUACUAAUCCCGAAGCUGAAGAAGAGAAAUACUUUACAUCCAUUCUUGAGACUGUUAGAUGGCUUGGAUUUGAACCUUUUAAGAUUACUUACUCUAGUGACUAUUUCCAAGAGUUAUUUGAUUUAGCUGUCAAGUUGAUUAAAAAGGGUUUAGCUUAUACUUGUCAAUGUACACCUGAAGAAAUUAAUGCUAAUAGAGGUGGUAAAGAUCAUGGUGAGCGUAAGGCUUGUGCUCAUCGUGAAAGACCGGUUGAGGAAACAUUGGAUCAAUUUAUGAAGAUGAAAGAAGGCCGUUAUAAAGAAGGAGAGAUUACACUUCGUAUGAAGAUGGAUUUGACAAAUGGUAAUCCUCAAUUUUGGGAUUUAAUUGCUUAUCGUGUGAUGUAUACACCUCAUUUUAGAACACAUGAUCAAUGGUGUAUUUAUCCUACUUAUGACUUCACUCACUGCUUGGUUGACUCCUUUGAGAACAUUACUCAUUCACUCUGUACCACUGAAUUUAGACAAUCGCGAGAAAGUUAUUAUUGGUUGUGUGAUGCUGUUGAAGUCUAUAAGCCUGUCCAAUGGGAAUAUGGUCGUUUGAAUGUUACAGGUACUAUCAUGUCUAAGCGUAAGAUUCUUAAGAUGGUUAAUAAUAAUUACGUGAGUGACUGGGAUGAUCCAAGACUCUAUACACUUGUGGGUAUUCGUAGACGUGGUGUCCCCCCUGAAGCUAUUAAUAGCUUUGUACUUGAACUUGGUGUAACUACAAGUCAAACAACGAUUGAAGUCUCACGCUUUGAUAAUAAGACUCGUGAAUAUCUUGAUAAGACAGCACCUCGUUUAAUGACCAUUUUAGAUCCUGUUCGUGUAGUUUUGACAAAUGUUCCUGAUGAUUAUGUUGAAGAAGUAAUUGUACCUAAUAAACCUAGAGAUCCAUCUAUGGGAGAACAUAAGGUACCAUUUACUAAAGUAUUUUAUAUUGAUCGAUCUGAUUUCCGUGAAGAAGAUGCGAAGGGAUACUAUCGUCUUGCACCUGGUAAAUCAGUGGGUCUUUUGUAUGCUAAACAUCCUGUUCAUUGUACAAGCUAUAAGAAGGAUGCGGAUGGUAAAGUAAUUGAAAUUGAAUGUAUUUAUGAAAAUGAAGGUGAAUUUAAGAAGCCCAAGACCUAUAUUCAUUGGGUAGCUGAAUCAGCCAAGCAUAACUCACCUGUCAAGUUGGAUGAAGUUCGUAUCUAUGAACGACUCUUUAAACAUGAUAAUCCUGAAACAGUUGAAGGAGGAUAUUUGAAUGAUCUUAACCCACUCUCUUUGGAAAUUGUCAAGGGUGCAAUUGCCGAAGUGGGUAUGUAUGACCAUAUCGCGGAUUGGGUGAAGAAGACAGAUGGAAAAAACAAAGAAAGUAUGCGUUGGCAAUUUACUCGUACAGGUUAUUUCUGUUUAGAUAAAGAUACAGAUUUAGAUGCAGAAUUAAUCAAGUCAGGCAAAGUUAAAGAAGGAUUGAAACAUAUUGUUAUUAAUCGUACUGUUUCUCUAAAAGAAGAUUCAGAAAAAGAUUAAAUAAAGUUACUACUACUUUUUAUUGACCCCAUG